UUUUUACUACAAAAGUAGAAAGACAAAGGCACGGCGGUACGAAGAAGACCUCGGGGCGAUUCAGGGCAUGAGUUCUUUUCAUUUCCUUUUCCAUGAUAAAGUCGGAGUUGGUACCAUUUGCUUUUCUGGUCGCUUUCUGUGUCCUAAUAAAAGAAACCACAAUUGCUUCUUCCAUUUAUCAUUCUAUUCUUAUGAAUAUAUAUCAGGUUUAUGAUCCAGACUUUCACUUGCAUGGAUACAAUGUUCUAUAUCUCUUGAGUAGUAUCUCUCUAAGAACACAAAUCUCGCAAAAUUGCACGGUUUUCAUAUAUAGCAUCUUUAUGUCAUCUCUUCCCGAUAACAUAUGUCAUUUCCCAUCAAAAAAAACACCAGGCCAGCGCUCUUCUGACCAGCAGAAACCAGAAACGGGAGGGAGGGGGAAGGGGGGCAAAAAAAAAAGAAUCAUGGGGAUCUCAUUGAAAAUAGAAAUGAAAUAACGUAACAACACCCGAAACGUUCCAGUAAAAGGAAAAAGGAAACCCCGAGGCAUCAAAAAAGAGAAAAGAAAAUCGGUUCAAUCAUCAGUUUUUUUUUGAUCUUCCCCCUCCCCUAAGAAAAAGCCGCGGGCUCACCCCGAUCAAUUUACUUCUUCUUGGGGAACUUGUCCUGUCCGAUGCCGGUACCUCUCAGCUUAACGUUCAGCACACGCUCCAUGGCACCGAGAACCUUCUGGUCGGGAGUAGCAGUACCCCGCUCGAAG